GGAGCAACUGCACACUGCUGCUGCUGUGUAUAUGCCAUCGGUGUAUGAGGUGAAUGUCGUUACAAGGAACCUAAGAACCAACUCCGUCCCCCGGUUUCUUCGGUCAUUUCGGCAGGAGAGGAGGCUUGCGUAUCGUCAUGAUGAACAAGAACGUGACUAGGCACCAAAGCUCCGUGUUAUGCAACCGCUGACCUACUAACACACAUUCGAGGACGACAAGAGGAGUGUGUGUGUGUGUGUGUGUGUGUGUACGAGAGGAAAAUUGGAGCAAAGCCUCCGACAUAACACAAGGACGAAGAGGGAGGGAGAGAUAGACGGCGAAUAGCAGCACAUUCAGGGAGUCACAUUAAUCGACACAAAGCCGGUGAGUGGAUCACGACCCACACGGGACAUUUUCAGCCCAGACUGAAGUUGUAAAGGGAAGAAAGACCAGAAUCGGGACGAGAGACGGCACACAAGCGCGGACGUGCAAUUUAUUGAAGAAUAGCCUAAAAGAGGAUUCUUUCGUUUAACUAAACGAAUGCGCCAUUUCACAUAGAUCUGUUCAACAGAGACUGGGAUAAAACAUUGAGCUGAGACGGUCCAGAUAAACAAUCAAGUUUAUUCUCCAACAGAUAUCCCACCCUAUACAACCACGUCACCCAUCAAGGAGCUUUGCCAAGUCAACAAAUUUACCUUGUCUAAAAUCUGAGAGAUCUGAAAGCAAGCUAAACAAAAAAAGGGAGACCAUCCCUUUUCUGGGACAAAAAAACUUGGAACACACUUAUCCAAUGACGGUUGUUUUUGUUGCCUUCCAUCUUUUUCUAAUCUUUUUGACCAAUCUGGACACUUGAAAGGUUUGAAGACCGCAUACUGGCAAUUAAGUUUGUUUUUGAAGUUUCAAUCAGAAACAACUAAUCUUCAGUAUCAAAACAUUAAAUUUCAAUGUCCACUGAGUGCCAGAUAUACAAACUGGCCUCAAUAGGACCACAAUGGAAAGCCUAAAUCUUCCCACCCAAAACAACAAUGCCAGCUUGGAAACAUUAGAAACGUUCUCAAACUACAGUGAGAGUUUACCAUCACCUCGAAUCGCGAGCCCUCCUCGUCAAGGCCGGCUAAUAAAACCAAAACCCAACUCAAGCUGUCGACGGAAGCGGGAGUUCAUCUCGGAUGAGAAAAAAGAUGCAUCCUAUUGGGAAAAGCGACGCAAGAAUAACGAGGCUGCGAAGAGGUCAAGGGAGAAACGCCGGCUCAAUGAUAUGGUGCUGGAGAACAGGGUGAUGGCACUGAACGAUGAAAACGUGCGGCUGAAGACAGAGCUCCUGCAAUUGAAAUUGAGAUUUGGACUCAUAACCUCUGCCUCUUACAUGGAAAAGACCCAGCAGAUCAGCAAUGGUAGUGAGGCAGCGACUAAUGGAGCUAAUGGUACAGGAGCAACUUCCGUAAAUCCAUAUUACUCAAGCAGUGGAUACUCUAGUGCUUCUCAGGUCAUGAUGAACUCCGAUUCCUCAGAAGCCGAGCAGCCGACCAGGAGUGAACGCCACUCAGCGUUACACAAGUACUCCCCCCGGGGAUCACUCUCCGACAUGUCGGACGGAUCUUCGCGGGACAGUCCCGAACCUAUAAACUUUGACAUCAAACACGAGAGCUCUGGAAUGGACAUUAACAGGCUUGAGGCAAGUGUUCUUAAUGGCAUGUUCAAUGGCCAUCAAAGUCUCGGACGACUGGAGUCUCACCAACCUCAAGAAAUGGAGCAGCAAGAAGGCGUCAACCCAGCCCCUCCAUCUGCCACACCCCAAAGAAGCGUCAUCCUCUUUCGUUCUGGAAGCAACUCCUACCCUGUUGAGAGCCAAAGGGUUGAGGACAUGGAGCAGCAGGUUGCAUCCCAAACACAACAGAAUGGGCAAAUCACCCAUUUUACCCAAACAGGGUGCAGUCUACAAAUAAGACCUGAUGGUUUAGAGACUCUUUCGGAGGUGGCGCAGCAGCUGGCCAGGAGGUCUUUGGAUUCACCAAACUAUGAAUUCACUAACAGCAGGGCAGAUGCCGGGGAGAGCAGGCGGUUUGUCAUACAGCAACAAGACCUGAGCGUUCAAGGACAAUGCAGAAGUCAGGUUCAAGACAGCACCCCAAAUUCUUUCGCCCCAGAUUUGCUCAGUGAGGCCGGAAAAGCCCUUGUAAGCCAGCGAUCCAAUCCCUACCUCGGCACUCUGAACGAGGAGCCACCAGAGCUUACGUAUGAAGGUUGCCCAAGAGCAGAUGGCUUCUACCAAGAGCACUCCUCCUCAGGCAAGGACACCUCCUCUAGUGACGGAGACCCUCGCAGCUCAGAUAAAGAAGCCUCCACUGACGACGAAUCUCCCUCAUCCUCUUCCUCAGAUACUGGUGGAUUUCACGCAAUCCACCAGUCAGCAUCCUCACCCACCAUGGUUAUGAGCGAUUCUUACCUGUACGGAGACAACCAAGGUGACAUGAAAGGCACUGCUCUGCCACACAAGCUAAGACUUAAGUAUAGAGCACUGUCCAAUGGCGGCUCCCAAGACGUCCUGGCCACAACGUCACCUGAUUCCGCUCUGCCUCAGCACCCCUACCUGGCGCUAGCCCAGGUUAACCAGCAGCAAGGCAGCAGCUCUGGAAGCAAGGAAGGGGAGUGUGAGACAGCAGAUGAACUUUACACACAACAGUUUCCUCCCAGAGAGAAGGAAGAGGGAUGGAAGGAAAGUGGGAAGAGGAGUUUAGGAGGACGAGGUAGCAGAAACAAGAAGCGUGACUGAAACUGGCACAUCCCAUCUUGUUAAAAUUGUUAAAAUGUCAUCUUUACCGUCCUAUAGAAAGAAAAAAGAAAAUGGUACCAGUUCAUUGCAUGAAAGUCUAUUGCUUAUACAGAACAACAACAAGAAAGUAACUUGUGUUCUUGGUCCGUUUUCUUAUCAAGAGCGAUUCUGUGACUUUUAAUGCAACAUUUUUUCAUAAGCACUUAACUGUAACUUUAAAAAGUUACAAAGAGGAAAUUGAGCUCUUUCUAAUGACCUUUUUCCUCUAGCAAAACAAACCUACAAAGCUCUGUGUAUAGCAACCUUUGACUAUGAACAUAUCUCUGCCAUGUUUUGUAGCUUAACUAAAUUGAUGGGUAGUUCCUGAACCCAAGACGUUUUCACCACACUUCAUGGACUCAAGUCCUAUUCUCCCUACUGAUUUCAGAAGAAAAAAAACCUCAACAGAUUCAUGCCUGUCUCUCUCCUCCUCUGCCUUUGAACUUUAGCAUUAUCGAAGCACUUGGAAUAUUAUAAUACUGUGACAUGACUAAACAUAUCAUAUUUCAAGUACAUUUUAUGAAAAAUGGCAACAUCUUUAAGAGUAGAAAAGUGGGAGAAAGACUACCAACACUGUCUACUUCUUACUGUUUGGAUUCCUGUAUAGUCUAUUCCCAAUGUUCAUGUCUGAUGCUUCCAUUAUAUUUUCUAAGCCAUCGUAUUUAUGUCACCGUAUCGUUUAAGAGAUACCAGAAUGUUCUCUUCAUAGUGUUUUGGUCAUUCAUAGGUCAACGCUAUCACAUUUUGUCCAGUACAUUGCUAUACUGUAUCGGUGUAAAGGAGCCUGAUGGAUUGACCCUCUCCAAAGGUCACUGUGAGCAGUCCUUUAAAGAAAUGUAAAAAUAAAGAAUUAGCAAACUACCUGACAUUUCUCCAAAUUCGAGUAACAAGCCCUUUCAGAAAUGUCAAGGUGGUCUCUUCCAAGUUAAUAUGCGGACUGUACAAAGUGUAAAAUAUAUCAUUGCCAUCCCAAGAUGGCCAUGUCCUCUGUGGUCAGGCUUCAGAGACGCCUCACAUGCUACCUCAUGAGAAGAAACGGUUGAGGUCACUCAGAACUGACGAGUUUCUCCUUUGGUGCGUGUAGCCCAUUGCAUCAUCAUACCCAUUAAAUGUUGCAUAUAAAAGUUAACACACAGUAAAAUGCUGCAGCACACCACUAAGUGUUACCUAGACACAAAUUCAGUCCUACUAGUUGUCUUUGUAGAAUUUACCACAGCUGAAAGCUGCUUCUGCACUGAAUUUUUUUCAUCAGAUUUUAUACAAUCUGUGUUUAUUGUUCCCAAACAGGUGCCUGGCACUGGCCAUCAUGUAAAAAGUGUACAGACAAAUUCUCUUUUGAGUAUUUUAAGUUUGUAUCAAGUUUAUUUUGGCAUUCUAUAAUAAUAAUAAUUAUUAAUAUUGUAUUUUUAUUUUAUAUUCCAAUUCUAUUAUUCUUUUUGGGUUGAUAUUUCUUGUGUCUGUUGUCUGUUCACCUCAAUGUGAGACAGUAUGUAUUUUCGUGUCCCGUUCAUCUAUUUCACCUCUGUACCCUGGUGUAUUGUGUGGUAUUUACUGAAGUAAAAAAAGAAAAAAAAGAAAAAUAUGUUUGUUAAAAGAGGUGGGCGACAUACUUGUCAAUGGGCUCAGAAUGACACUAAAGGAGUGGAAAGAAAAAUAAAACAUGUUGUAUGUUGAAUUUAAA